ACUCAAAAACAAGAAGACUUAGGUGAGUGGUUUGUUCUUCGAGAAGGGCAUUGUUGGCAUGUUUUGAUUAAUAAAGUUUGUUUGCAGGCAUCAAGAAAUGUAAGUCUAAUUUGGAUUUGCAUCCGCUAGUUAGCACAAUAGUGGUAAAUUGACCAUAAACAUGCACCCCACCAAAAAUAAAAAGAUUACAAACCACAGCCAGCUGCGCCACAAGUGAAACUAAAAACAUGCUUUACAAAGAAAGUCCAAAUGUCAACACUUUCUCACUCAAGCUGGAGCCAAGCAGGACAGCUGAGGCAACGCGGGAUCAAUUCUCAAAAACAGGGAUCACCAUACAGUGCACUGAACUAGCCAGGUCACUGUUAAUCAAUAACCAGGACCUUUCUGAAUUUGAAAGCAAUCAUUCUAUGUGGAAAACCUGAAAUGGAUAAGAAGAGGCAAGAAGAUCUUAAAAUGAAUUGUAAAUGGAAAAUCAUCAUCACCACAGUUAUAGUUGUCAUGAUCAUUGGGAUCAUUGGGCUGGUUAUAUAUGAACUAAAAGUUGGAUUUAAGAAAAUUUACAUGAGCCUUGAACCCAAUGCAUUUGAUGACCAAUAUAUGGGAUGUGAAAUGGACAUGAUGAAGAAGGCAAAAGAGCUCUUGGCUGAAGAAAGAAAAAUAGAUCCCCAGUUAAAUGAUGUGUGGGAGAAAGCAGAGAAGACAAGGAAGAACCUGCCUCUGGAUCUCAAUGGAAAGUCCAUUGGAGAGCCUUUUGAAAUCUCUGUCAUUGCCUACACUGAUUAUGAGAUUCCAUUUUACAGGAAAUUUAAUAAUAAGGUCAGAACCUGCUGUACCUCCAAAGAUGACUACAUGAAAAGUUUCCAGUUCAAAGCUUUCCAUUUUUAUUUGACACGAGCCAUCCAACUUCUUGGAGGAGUAUGUACUCCUGUUUACAGGGGCAUAAAUCUGAAAAUCUAUCCUGAUCAGACAAGAGAAAUGCGCUUUGGUCAAUUUGCCUCAUCAUCUAAGGACAUAAAUGUGGCCAGACAUUAUGCAAAGGGCUCAGGGACUCUCUACACCUUCACCACUUGCCUUGGAGCUUCCAUCCAACAUUUAUCAUACAAUAAAUCCGAAAAGGAAGUGCUGAUCCCACCAUAUCAGGUCUUCAGUGUCUCUGCUUUUGAAUCCAACAUCCGUGGCCUCAGCACAGUCCACCUAGAGGAUAAAACUACCUAUAGUAACUUUAAUUGUGCAUACCUGGAAGGAGAGAAAAAAGACAGCUCUACUUCCAACUCUGCUCCUGGUAAUAUCCUAGUAUGGCCUGGACACUUAACUUCCCUGCCACUGUUUGUUCUUUUCAUCCUGCUCCUCCAAGGGUGACUCGACCUCUAGACAGGGUCUGACUGUACCUGGGGCUCACAUAGGACUUCCUCAGCACAGUGAGCUGUACCACUGACUAAUUAUGAGGCAGGUUGGGAAGGGGCAUUGGUCUGGAUUUAGUCCAGGGGUUCUUAAGUUUCUUUACGUCUUGGGCUACUUUGGCAGUUUGGUAAGAUCUAUGAAUCUCUGCUCAGAAUAAUAUGUUUAAAUGCAUAAGAUACAUAAGAAUACAAAAUGAACCAAUUACAUUGAAAUAUAAUUAUAUCAAAAAUUUUGGGG